AUGUCCCAAGAGGACAUGUUCCAUGAAGAGAGUCUCAUAACAAUUGAAAUGCCAUCAAGCAUGACAGCACAAGUCACCUCUCUGGAUUAUCAAAAUAUCUCUGACUCACAACCUAACUCCAAUGACGACCCUUCCUUCAUUCUCCCCGAUGUUCUACAAAAUGCUAAAGAUGCUGAAGCAUAUCUCCUGCCACCAACCUCCAAAUUAAUUUACGACAAAACCUACGAGAAAUUCAAGAAUUUUCUGAAGGAAAAAAAAAUACAAACAAUCGACGAACGCGUCCUGCUCGGCUACUUCCACAUGUUGUCAAAGCCACCUCAUUCACUAGUGCCUGGAUCUCUCAAAUCAAUCUACUCAAUGCUGAAGAAAACUUUUCUGGGGUUUUUUAUCAGGCAACUCAAGACUUCUACACACAUAACCAAAAAAGCCCAAGUACUGACAGAUAAUGAAAUAGCCAAAUUCAUUUAUGAAGCCCCUGAAGAGGUCUAUCUGCCAGAGAAGGUGGCAUUGAUUGUUGGCAUCCAUGGCUUAUGCAGGAGGAAGGAGCUACAUCAAUUAACAAUUGAUCUCAUUGAGGACCAUGGCACGUACCUCAAUUUCGUUCUUGACAAAACGAAAUUUAAUAAAAAUCGAGACUUCUCCCUCACAGGAGAGUAUUGCAACAUCGUGAGGAAGUAUUUGUCAUUAAGACCACAUGAUCUUCGCGAGCGGAACCUCUUCGUACAGUACCAAAAUGGGAAGUGUCGUCGUCAAGUGAUUGGCAUCCACACUAUCGGAGCUUUCCCCAAAAAAAUGGCCACUUUUCUCAAUCUCCCGAACCCUGAGAAGUACACCGGACACUCAUUCAGGCGCUCAGGAGCAACUGUUGCAGCUGAAGCUGGACUUGACUUUCUUUCUCUAAAGAAACUGGGAGGCUGGUCGUCCUCUAAAACGCCAGAGGGAUAUGUAGAGAAGACAGAUGUAAUACGAAAUAAAAUCUCUACUAAAAUCACUAAUGCCAUUCAGAUCAAAAGGCCUGCCUCUGCCACUGUAACAAGAACGCUUCCAUCGAUCCCACUAGUAAUUCCUCAAUACAAUCCAUCACUUCCAUCAACUUCACGUGAAGAAAUACUCCAAACUACAAAGAGACCAAAACCCAAUCCUGAACCUGUCUUGGAAGCUUCACCUCCGAGGGACGAUACAAUACUGAGGGAGAAUCCACAAAUUGGCAACAUCCUCCAAUCUAAUCUACCUCAAGGCAUCCAUCUACAUUUCGCAAACUGCUCGAACUUUAAUAUCUUUGCUCCUCAAAACAAAGAAAAUUGGUUAGAGAAAUAAGGAUUGCUAACAUUGAAACCAUUGACGAGAAGCUCUGAUCUUGAUAUUAAGAAUGAUCUGCGUACCAAAAAAUUCGAGUUACCAAAUUAUUCUUUCAUGGAUUGUUUAAGUAUUAUUCAUAAUAGUUUCGUUAUCAUAUUGUUUUUACAUUAUUUUUUUUGUUAACUCAUAAGUUAUAUUGUUCUAUUGUUUACUUAUGAGUUGAAAAGUAGAUUCAUAAGAUGGUUAACUCAUAAGUUAUAUUGUUGACGUAUGAGUUCAAAAGAAGAUUGAUGA